GGGGGCCUUGGCAGCUUUCCACUUAGAUGUUUUCUGGAGACUGGCUGUUGGCAGCUGAAGGAGCCCCAGGGUUUCUGGGUGGCCUGGUCCUGCCUGUGGAGUGACUGAGCCUAGGGACCUAGUCCCGCCUCCAGCCCUCCCCUUGCUGCCUGCCCAGGCCCGCCUGCUCACCCCUGGGUAUGCUUCUUUGUCAGGAGAAGCAGAGGUGUGGACGCUGUGGAUGAAAUGUCUUUCCUCCAGGACCCAAGUUUCUUCACCAUGGGGAUGUGGUCCAUUGGUGCAGGAGCCCUGGGGGCUGCUGCCUUGGCAUUGCUUCUUGCCAACACAGACGUGUUUCUGUCCAAGCCCCAGAAAGCAGCCCUGGAGUACCUGGAGGAUAUAGACCUGAAAACACUGGAGAAGGAACCAAGGACUUUGAAAGCAAAGGAGCUAUGGGAAAAAAAUGGAGCUGUGAUUAUGGCCGUGCGGAGGCCAGGCUGUUUCCUCUGUCGAGAGGAAGCUGCGGAUCUGUCUUCCCUGAAAAGCAUGUUGGACCAGCUGGGCGUCCCCCUCUAUGCAGUGGUAAAGGAGCACAUCAGGACCGAAGUGGAGGAUUUCCAGCCUUAUUUCAAAGGAGAAAUCUUCCUGGAUGAAAAGAAAAAGUUUUAUGGUCCACAAAGGCGGAAGAUGAUGUUUAUGGGAUUUAUCCGUCUGGGAGUGUGGUACAACUUCUUCCGAGCCUGGAAUGGAGGCUUCUCUGGAAACCUGGAAGGAGAAGGCUUCAUCCUUGGGGGAGUUUUCGUGGUGGGAUCAGGAAAGCAGGGCAUUCUUCUUGAGCACCGAGAGAAAGAGUUUGGAGACAAAGUAAACUUACUUUCUGUUCUGGAAGCUGCUAAGAUGAUCAAACCACAGACUUUGGCCUCAGAGAAAAAAUGAUUGUGUGAAACUGCCCAGCUCAGGGAUAACCAGGGGCAUUCAUCUGUGUUCAUGGGAUGUAUUGUUUCCACUUGUGUCCCUAAGGAGUGAGAAACCCAUUUAUACUCUACUCUCAGUAUGGAUUAUUAAUGUAUUUUAAUAUUCUGUUUAGGCCCAGUAAGGCAAAAUAGCCCCAAAACAAGACUGACAAAAAUCUGAAAAACUAAUGAGGAUUAUUAAGCUAAAACCUGGAAAAUACAAGCCUUAAAAUUGACUGCUGGGCUGGGUGCAGUGGCUCACACCUGUAAUCCCAGCACUUUGGGAGGCCGAGGUGAGCAGGUCACUUGAGGUCAGGAGUUUGAGACCAGCCUGGGCAACAUGGCGAAACCCUGUCGCUACUAAAAAUACAAAAAUCAGCUGGGUGUGGUGGCAGGCACCUGUAGUCCCAGCUACUUGGGAGGCUGAGGCAGGAGAAUCACUUGAACCUGGGAGGUAGAGGUUGCAGUGAACCAAGGUCAUGCCACUGCACUCCACCCUGGGUGACUGAGACUCCAUCUCAAAAAAAAAAAAAUUUGGUUGCUGUGCCUCAUUACAAAUGCAUAUGGUGUUUGAGUGCUGCUGUUUGAAAUUAUUUUUCUUUUUGGGUCUUCAAAAAUCCAAGAAAAGUUGAUGAUUGACUUGAAGAUUACAGAAUUUAAGGGUUUUUGGCAUGAGUGUUUUCUAUUGAUAACUGGUUAUACAAUGUCGAAGUAAUACUUUCAUAAUAGAAUUGACAUGCUCCAGGAUAGUUUGACAAAGGUAAAUUAUAAAGUGAAAUCUCUCGUUUCGUUAUCUUCCAUUCUAACCUCAGAGAUCUGUUUCUCUAGAAGAAGUGACCAUCUCUGACUUUAAUAAAAUUAUGCACCAGAAAUCACCUGUAUGUACAAGAUUUUCUGAUAAAACUAAGAAUUAUAUUUACCAUAUAAUUGGCUGAAAGUAAAAAAAAGUCAGCAUUCUCCAUGGCUAAGGGGUAAAGUGCCUGGGGGGAUUCCUCUGGUUCUAGCUAUCUAAGUGGUUUGAAAAUGACCAGGAAGAAUUCAUCCCGUCAUUCAUGUUAGUAAUUUUGCUUUCUUUCCUAGAGGAAUGACUUUGGAAGUGUUUAAAAUUGGCAGCUGUUUUUCUGUUGGUCUUUUAGCCUAAUUUGGCAAAUCAGAAGAAAGGACAUAGCGAUAAUGAAAUAUAACUUAAUUUCUUAA